AGGCAUCACUCACCCGGAAGUACUUCCUUUUCACUUCGUGUGUCAGGCCGGGGAAAGUUUGUUUAUUCGCUUUCUCGUGUAAUAUCUUGUUAUAUCAAUUCAAGGAAAAUGCAGAUAUGCAGCGUGUGCAAAGAAGAGACAGAAAAGUACAGAUGUCCAGUCUGCAGAACUCGAUAUUGUUCCCUCGACUGCUACAAGAAACAUAAAGAUAUUUGCCUUCCAGCUAAGCAGCCUGUACCUGUAAGUUCUGAUUGUAAAGAAGCUGCCAGCACUGUAUCUGCAGAACCGUGGAGUGUUGAGGAUCUUCUAAAUGGAGACAAUAUCAUUGACAAAGUUCCACUGCAGAAGCUCCAACUGUUAGGUCAGUCCAAAGAACUGCGCGAUCUUCUCUGCAACCCUCAUCUGAGAAGGUUGCUGCGCUCUGUCGACGGUGCAGAAAACAAAGACGAGGCGAUGAGAGCAGCCAUGCAGGAGCCUCUGUUCACAGAGUUUUCUGACCAGUGCUUGAAAAUAGUUGAAAAUGAGCCCAUAGACCAAGCAGAAAGUGACAAAUUUAUUGUAUAAGCUUGCAGAAUUUUUCUUUUGUAAUGUACAUUUUUAUAGUAUUAAAAACAACUCUCAAAAAA